AUGAGGUUAUUCGCGGCAUAUUCCCGCGAUUCUGCUCUGUUACUUCGUCGGACAGCGUUUGCAAAUGGUGUCGCGAGGUCGCGGAGAAACAUUCACAACGUUACAGUCGGGCGCAUUAGGACACAUGGCCUCCUCGUUCGCAGGCGGCCCACGCUGUCCCGCCAGUCGCAACACGGCUUUUUCACCGCCAGCGACAAGGACGCCGAGGCCGGUAAGAAAAGGAAGACUUCGCUCCCGCUCGCGGUAAUUACAGGCGCGCUGUUUGUUUGGUGGCUGUACCCGUCUGACGACUUUCAGAAGUUGUCACUUGCGCAGACGGAUAGGAGGAGCGGGUCACCCGGCACUCCGGAGAAAGGGAACAGCAAUGGCUCUAACGAAGCGGCUUGGUUUAACUUUGCCCUCAAGUUCGAGACCUUAUCCGCUGCUACCGACGUUGAGUGGAGUGCCGACAAGAUUGUCGGCCUCAUCCUGCCAGAAUGGGGCAGACUGGUUCCCGGGUACCUUCGGAAACUUCAGAGGGAGUUAUCCAUGUCCCCUGGAUCUCUUGCCGAUGAGAUCUGGCGAGAGGCGCAUGACCCCUUCAUCAACCCUGAGGUGCAGUAUGCCGCUCAAGUGAGAGUAUCUAAUGAUCUCUGUGAGGAGGAGAAAGAGUUCUUGUCCAGGAGGAAAAGAGUCACGACUAUGGCCCUGGCCAAAUAUCUCGAUAUUGACGAGAAGGACAUCCACCCCGACGAUGUCCCUACAAUUGCCAUGUGCGGCUCUGGUGGUGGCCUGAGGGCUCUUGUCGCCGGUACUGGUUCUAUGCUCGCUGCUGAUGAAGACGGCUUGUUCGACUGUGUGACUUACACCUCCGGUGUCAGUGGAUCCUGUUGGCUACAAGUUCUCUACCACUCAUCCAUAUCGCAAGGCAGCCUCGGCCGCGUCCUGCAGCACCUGAAGGCUCGCGCGGGAAUCCACAUUGCGUACCCGCCGGCCGCUUUCCAGACCUUGCUUUCCGCACCUACUAGCAAGUAUCUUCUUAGUGGCCUUGUUGAGAAGCUCAAGGGUGAUCCGAAUGCCGACUUUGGGCUGGUAGACGUCUACGGUCUUCUUCUCGCCGCAAGAUUCCUGGUUCCCAAGGGCGAACUUGAAGUCAGCGAAAGGGAUUUCAAACUCUCCAACCAACGCGAAUACAUCAAAUAUGGGCAAAAUCCGCUGCCCAUCUACACGGCUGUCCGCCACGAGAUUCCCGACGUCAGCCUCGACGGGGCUGAUGCAACAGAGGCGGCCAAGGAGGUUGCCAAGCAGGAAGCCUGGUUCCAAUGGUUCGAAAUCACUCCUUACGAGUUCUUCUGCGAAGAGUUCUCUGCCGGUAUCCCUACCUGGGCGAUGGGCCGACGGUUCAACAACGGCGUCGACGUUCCUCCCGAGGAGGGCUUUCAUCUGCCCGAGACCCGUAUGCCGUUCCUCUUGGGCGUCUUUGGCAGCGCGUUUUGCGCAACCCUCAGUCACUACUACCGCGAAAUCAGGCCCCUCGUCCAGAGCUUGACCGGCUUCGGUACAUUGGACCAGAUGAUCUACGGCUAUAACGAGGACCUGAGCAAGGUCCACCCCAUCGACCCCGGCACGGUGGCCAAUUUUGCCUACGGCAUGGAUGGGAAGCUACCCAACACGACGCCAAAGAGCAUUCUUAACACGGAAUACAUCCAGCUGAUGGACGCCGGAAUGUCCAACAACCUUCCCAUCUACCCUCUGCUGCGCCCUGGCAGAGAUGUCGACAUCCUCGUUGCAUUUGACGCCUCCGCAGACAUCAAGACGGACAACUGGCUCGCCGUAGCCGAUGGUUACGCCCGUCAGCGCGGCAUUAAGGGCUGGCCUGUCGGUGUAGGUUGGCCCAAGGCCAGCGAGUCCUCCUCGCAAGUUAGCAAGGAACUUCAGGAGGCCGAGGCUGCGACCGCUCGCGAAGCAGAUCAGAAACUGCGUGAAGCCCAGGAUCACCAGAAGGAGCACCAGGCCGAAGAACACCGCCCGAAGCCGGAUGAGGACACAAAGAAGGGCCAGGCGGCCAAGUUCUCACCCGGGGACGAGGAAUCUGGCGAGCUGGGAUACUGUACCGUCUGGGUCGGUACGACGCAAGAGCGCGCCACGGAACCUCCGCCCCCGUCCAAGGCCAUUAACGAGUCCACUUCCUGGCAACUCAUGGAGCCUGACGCGGGCAUCGCCAUUGUCUACAUGCCCUAUCUCGCGAACCCUAAGGUCCCAGGCAUCAACCCCGGCACGACCGAUUUCCUGAGCACGUGGAACUUUGUUUACACUCCAGAGCAGAUCGACAACGUCGUUGCGCUGGCGCGGGCCAACUACGCCGAGGGCCGGGAACAGAUACGCUCUACAGUAAGGGCGGUCUACGAGCGUAAAAAGAAGACGAGGCUGGAGAGAGAGGAUAAGGCGCGCACGGAUAGAUAUAGAAGACUGGUACAGAAGGGGAUGGCGCACAAGUUGGGAGAAGGUGAUCAGUUUAGCUGA